CCAAGCAGUGACAGGAUUAAACACACAAUGAGGAACUUUGUCUUGAUAACAGCUUUGAUUUUCUGCAGCCUCAGAUGGACCUUUGUCUCUGGCUCUGGGGUUCACAUUGUGACGGUCCAGCCUGGUGAAGACGUCACACUGCAGUGCUCCAACAUUUCCACAAGUCCAACACAUACAGAGUGGUUCAGAGUGGUCAACAUGACUAAAACUAGCUGUAUCUCCUCCAUGUUUGCGUCUCAUGGCCAAGCUUCUUUCUGUAACGGAUUUCAAAAUGGAAAAUUCAAUAUGAGUUCGAAUGUCACUUCUGUCUUUCUUAAAAUAACAGAAGUGAGUUUAUCUGAUGCUGGGCUGUAUUUCUGUGGAUUUUACGUGGAUGUGCAUAUUAUUAUUUCCAAUGCAGUAGAGUUAAGAUUUGAAGGUGGUGAAACGAAUGAUGAAGAUUUUAAGACUGAAAAAAAUCCUGAAAGAUGCAUACACCUGACGAGCAUCGUGCUGGGUGGUCUGACUGUUUUACUUACUAUGGUGGUCAUUGUUCUGGUUCUAAAAGUCAGGAACCUACAAACAGCUACGGAUCCUAAGGGUGAAGAACACAAGACUGUGGAGGUCCAGUCUGGUGAAGAAGUCACACUGCAGUGCUCCAACAUUUCCAGAAGUUCAACGCAUACAGAGUGGUUCAGAGUGGUCAACAGAGCUACGUUGAGCUGCAUUGCCUCUAUGUAUGGCUCCAAUGGACAAGCUUUAUUCUGUGAUGGAUUUCAAAAUGGAAAAUUCAAUAUGACUUCCAACAACGUCGCCGUCUUUCUUCAAAUAAAGCCAGUGGAUCUGUCUGAUGCUGGGCUGUAUUUCUGUGGAUUUUUCUUAGACUAUCAUAUAAUUAUUUCCACUAGGGUAGAGUUGAGAAUUCAAGGUGGUGAAACCAGUGAAGGAGAAGAUUUUAAGACUGAAGAAAAUUGCAACAGAAUGACACAACCAUUGAGCAUCAUCCUCCUGGCUGGUCUGACUGGUUUACUCACUAUGGUGGUUAUUAUUCUGGUUUUAAAAAUCAGGAAACUUCAAACAGCUCCACAACAGCAACCAGAGCAAAGCAGUGAGAAUAUGACUUCAGGCGAUCUGAACUAUGCAGCUCUAAGUUUCCAAAAAAAAGCCAAAAGAAGCUGUGGACCUACUGGACAGAGAGACCUGGAGCCACAUGUUAUCUACGCUGCCACAAGAUAGA